AUGUGCUUAGUACUUAGCUACUGCAUAUCAAUUAUUGCAUUGUUCAAAUUUCAAGGCAUUUUCCUAUUAGCUGCUGAAUAUGUCAAUUAUUUUGUGCCCAUUGAGGGCUAUCCCCGUUGUCUCUACAUCAUGCUUCGCGAUAUUCUCAAGACGCCAUUCAUCUUCAAAAAGAUGGCAGGCUCGCCAGUUAAAGGACCGUUUCACGCGUGAAGCUGCUGUUCAAGGACUCAAAAGUCGAGCGGCCUUCAAGCUUUUACAGAUAGAUGAUAAAUAUCGCAUUUUCCGAAGCGGCCAGACUGUGGUCGAUCUGGGCUAUGCUCCUGGCUCCUGGUCUCAGGUCGCUGUGAGCCGCACUCAGCCGAACGGUCGAGUUCUCGGUGUCGACAUAAUCCCCGCGCAACCCCCGAAGGGUGUCUCUACUGUGCAAGGCAAUUUUCUAUCUCCGGCAAUACAGUCAUAUAUCCGAGACUUUUUACGUGAUCCGAACCGAGGCCGACCAUACUCACCGACUACAAAUAUCGAUACUGAGGUUUCCUGCGAUUCAGGUCCAGUGGCAGAUGGAUAUAUCGACCGUGGGAGGAAAGUCCUGUCACAGAGCAGCGGUGAGAGUACCGAUGCUGUUGGUGGUGGGUCUGAUAAAACUGUGGAUGUGGUUUUAAGCGACAUGUGUGCUCCCUGGGAUCAAACUACUGGUUUUUGGAAAAGAAGUCUAAGUGAACCUUAUCGCAGGAUGAUGAAUACAACUGGUGUGGCUUUCAGGGACCAUGCUGGAAGUAUGGACCUUUGUCGAGCUGCAUUACAAUUCAGUUUCAACGUGCUCAAAAGCGGCGGUCAUUUUGUAUGCAAGUUCUACCAAGGAGCUGAAGACAAGGCCUUGGAAAAACAAUUGCGAGCCCUGUUCGAGAAGGUCCACAGGCUGAAACCAGAAUCUUCCCGCAGUGAAUCAAAGGAGGCCUAUCUAAUUGGGCUCGGGAGAAAGAAUGACGCUUUGCAGACAUCGGUAUUUCCUCAUGGCGCUGGUGAUGACCAAGCCUCUUCAUUUUAGGGCCGUCACGGCAUUCAAGACGAGAUCUAGUCCCUAUUGAACUAGUUCGCGUCUAUAAUUCAGACGAUCUCUAACUCCUCGCCAUCAUCGUCCCAUUCGACGUCGUCCGCGGCCGCUUCAGCCUGCCGCUGAACCUUGCGACUUGUCAGUACCAGAAGUGAGCAAAAAGGGGGGGGGGGCGUCUCGAACCUCCUUUAAACCGCUUAUCUCGUCCACAUAUCCUUUCUCGUUCAAAGCCCGCUUAACAAACUCCCAACCGUUUGCCUUGUAUGCUUCGACUAUAUUAUCUGAACAUGCACUGCAACAGUCGUAAUUCCUGCCCACAACGGAAAUGUUCGAGAAAUUUGACAAGAAACCUCUGAUUUGGUGGGGAACCAG